AGUGGAACUAAGUUUAUGUGCCUGGAAGGAGGCUGUGGUGCUUGCGUCGUCAGUUUGAGCGGCGUUCAUCCGGUCACCGGAGAUGUCUUCUCGUAUGCUGUCAACUCCUGUCUGUUUCCUGUGCUCGCAUGCCAUGGAAUGGAUGUUACGACUGUCGAGGGCAUCGGAGACAAACAGAGCGGAUAUCAUGCCACCCAAAAACUGCUGGCCCACUUCAACGGUACGCAGUGUGGCUACUGCUCGCCUGGCAUGGUCAUGAACAUGUACAGUCUGCUUGAGGCGAAAAAAGGACAGGUCACCAUGGAGGAGAUUGAAAACUCCUUCGGCGGAAACAUCUGCCGUUGUACCGGCUACCGUCCUAUCCUUGACGCAUUUAAGGCCAUGGCUGUCGACGCCGAUACCAAGCUCAAGCAGAAAUGCCAGGAUAUCGAGGAUCUUACCAAAAUCUGCCCCAAAACGGGUUCGGCGUGCGCUGGAAAAUGUGCCAGUGCUGCUAGCAAGAACGGACCCAAAAAAGGACUUCAUAUGAGUUUCGAUGAAGAACAAGAAUGGCACAAGGUGUACAAUGUGAGCGACAUCUUUGCCAUCUUCGAAAGCAUUGGAGACAAACCCUACACGCUUAUUGGAGGAAACACCGCUCAUGGUGUGUACCGACGGGACGAAGCGAUCCGUGUCUUCAUCGACGUCAAUGCUGUCCAGGAGUUGCGUGCUAAUUCGGUUGGAAGCUCCGUUACCAUCGGAGCAGGUACUUCGCUGACCGAGCUGAUGGAACUAUUGGCCAACACGGCAAAGCAGAACAACAAUUUCUCCUAUUUCGAACACAUGAUCCGUCACAUUGAUUUGAUAGCAAACGUUCCGGUUCGCAACACUGGAACCAUCGCGGGAAACCUCAGCAUCAAGAACCAACAUCGAGAGUUUCCUUCCGAUUUGUACCUUAUCCUCGAGGCUGCUGACGCUAAGCUGACCAUUCUGGAGUCCCAAGGAAAAACAUCCACCGUUCGACCGUCCGAGUAUGUGGCUAUGGACAUGAAAAAGAAACUGCUCUUGAAUGUCAUUCUGCCUCCUCUGUAUCCUUCUACCAACGUUUAUCGCUCAUUCAAGAUCAUGCCCCGUGCACAAAACGCACACGCGUACGUCAACGGUGCGUUCCUGCUCAAGCUCGACGGAUCUAACAUCCUCUCGAGCAACAUUUGCUUCGGAGGAAUCGAUCCGCAAUUCACGCAUGCCGUCAAGACGGAAGCAUUUCUGAAGGGCAAGGACCUCCUGACCAACGAGACCACUCAGGAGGCCCUCAAAAUCCUCGCCAGUGAGCUGAACCCCGACUGGGUACUUCCCGACGCAGCUCCAGAAUAUAGGAAGAAUCUGGCCCUAUCUUUGUUCUACAAGUUUGUGCUCAAUAUCGCUCCGGAAUUGAACGCAUCCAUCAAGCACGAAUAUAUAUCCGGUGCAGCUAUGUUGCAUCGCACUGUUUCAUCUGGCACACAAGAGUACAUCAAACAACAAAUGCAUGAACCUUGGUCUUUAGCUGGAAAAGUUCCAAAAAUUGAAGGUUUACUGCAGGCAUCAGGCGAAGCGAAGUACGUCAAUGAUCUACCGAUUUUUCCAGGACAACUAUAUGGUGCCUUCGUGCUUGGCACCAAAGUGCAUGCGGAAAUUGUUUCGAUUGAUACUAAGCAAGCACUUCAACAACCAGGUGUGGUAGCCUUCUACACUGCGAAGGACAUUCCUGGUAGCAACGAUUUCAUGCCAAUUAAAUCAGAGUUUACACCUAACGUAGAGCAAGUGUUCUGUGAUAGACGUAUCCUUUAUCAUGGGCAGCCAAUAGGCUUGAUGGUUGCAGACAGCUUUACCGCCGCCCAGAGAGCAGCAGCUGCGGUCCUCAUCAAUUACUCAACCGACACUACCGAACCUAUUUACCCGACCGUGAAGGACAUCGUAAAUGCUGAUGCUAACGACCGAACCGUCAACAUAGAUUAUGGGUUCGAUGGACCAAAUUGCAACGAUGUACACGCAGGGCCUACGAUACGCGUUACAGGGUCGUUUGAAUCCGGUGGUCAAUACCACUACACAAUGGAGACGCAAACGUGCAUUUGCCUGCCACUAGAAGACGGCAUGGAAGUACACACGGCAACGCAAGCAAUUACCCAGACCCAAAUUGCGAUAGCACAGAUGCUUGGAGUUCCACAAAACAGUCUGCUUAUUUACGUACGCCGCAUCGGCGGCAGUUACGGUGGAAAGGCUUCACGGGCCGUACAGAUUGCUUGCGCAUGUGCACUAGCUUGUCAUCUGACGAAACGACCCAUCCGUUUGGUGAUGACUAUGGAAUCAAACAUGGCCGCCAUUGGGAAACGGCACGGCAUUGUCUCUCAAUACAACGUUGAUGUCACCAAGCAGGGCAAAAUUUUAAAACUUCACAAUGAGUUCCUGCACGACGCCGGUUCUAACACGAACGAAGCUCCAGAUUAUAUGCGAGGAUACUAUGGAAAUUGUUACGCAAAGGACGGUUGGACCGUGGUCUCAAAAACCGCUCGAACGGAUUCGGCCAGUAACACGUGGUGCCGUGCGCCUGGUUCAACAGAAGCGUACGCUAUGAUCGAAUCGAUCAUGGAACAUAUAGCAUUCGUAACGGAUUCCGAUCCUCUCGACGUGCGACUAGCAAACAUGCCGGACACUUCUGAAAUGCGUCCCCUCCUGGAAAGCUUCCGCAUUGAUACCGAGUUCGACAGACGACGUGAGGAUAUCGAUCGCUUUAAUGCGGAACAUCGUUGGAAAAAGCGUGGCAUUGCUAUUGUCCCGAUGAAGUAUCCUGUGGCGUACUUCGGCACACUGCAUGCGCUCGUAUCGGUGUACCAUACUGACGGAUCUGUAGCGAUCACGCACGGUGGCGUUGAAAUGGGUCAAGGCAUCAAUACCAGAGCGCUCCAAGUGGCUGCCAAAGUGCUAGGCAUUCCGGUUGAGAAAAUAAGCAUCAAACCGAGCUGUAAUCUUACCGCACCUAAUGAUUUCUGCACCCAGGCUAGCAUCACCAGUGAAGCGGUGGCGCACGCUGUGCUGUUAGCUUGUAACACGCUGCUUGAUCGUAUCAAACCAGUUCGGCAGAGUUUUCCAAACGCUAGCUGGGAACAACUCACUCAGCAGUGUCACCAGCAGGGUGUGGAUCUUUGUGCGACUGCUUUCUACAACGGAGUCAACCUACCAGGAUACAACGUUUGGGCACUUAGCUGUGCAGAGAUUGAGUUGGACGUUCUUACCGGCAACGUGCUGUUGCAUCGAGUCGACAUUCUAGAGGAUGCAGGUCAAACCAUCAACCCAGAGAUCGAGAUCGGUCAGAUCGAGGGAGCGUUCAUGAUGGGCAUCGGGUUGUAUCUUACGGAAGCACUCAUCUACGAUCAUACCACGGGUGAGCUGCUCACGAAUCGAUCUUGGAACUAUCGCCCACCAGGUGCGAAGGACAUACCAGUUGACUUUCGCGUACGACUACUGCAAAACACCAUACUCCCGACCGGGGUCCAGCGAUCGAAAGCCACUGGCGAACCGGCCGUCAACAUGUCAAUCGUGGUUCUAUUCGCUUUAAGGUACGCCAUUAAUGCGGCACGUUUCGAUGCGAAAGCACCAAGGCAGUGGAUAUCGUUAGGAUCUCCUUGCACGCCGGAUAAAAUUUUCGAGCAUCUUGGCAAUACAUGCAAUCAAUAUUUGCUUCAUUAG